UGAAAGGGAAGCGCCUGUCGGUCGCUCGCUCCGAGACGUUGACGGGAGGCAGGGAGAGGGUGGCCCGUCGUCGCCACGGCAACCCGGGUCGCCGAGCCGUGGCGGCGACGGAAACAGAAGAGGUCAUGUGACGCGAGAGCAGGCAGGGGAAAAUAUCACGUGGUGUCACCCGGCCGCUUCCCUCAUUGAGGAGGGGAGGACUAGGGGCCCUCCCUGUCCCCCGCCAUGGCAUCCCCGUGGCUCCCCUAUGCCGAUACGGCCCCCGUCCUCAGCCAGCCCGAUGACACGGAGGACGAGGAGGGCCUUCAGGCCAAGCCUGAGAGGGAAGAGGAGGCCGAUGUGCAGACCAUCACGGGGAUCUCCACUUCGCACGCUGUCCGAAUCGUGGGGGUGCUCUGCUUUAUCAACCUCCUGAACUACAUGGACCGCUUCACCGUGGCUGGUGUUCUCCCUGACAUUGAGAAGUUUUUUAAAAUUGGUGACAGCAAAUCAGGACUUAUACAGACAGUUUUUAUUUGUAGCUACAUGGUACUGGCACCAAUCUUCGGUUACCUGGGGGAUCGGUAUAAUCGCAAGUACUUGAUGUGUGUCGGGAUCACCUUCUGGUCAGGUGUGACUCUGGGGAGCAGCUUCAUCCCUAAAGAGUACUACGGGCUGCUGCUGCUGACACGAGGCCUGGUGGGUGUUGGGGAGGCCAGCUACUCCACCAUUGCCCCCACCAUUAUCGCUGACCUCUUCGUGGGUGACCGGCGAUCCCGCAUGCUCAGCAUCUUCUAUUUUGCCAUACCAGUAGGCAGUGGCCUGGGCUACAUUGUGGCAUCACAGGUGAAAACACUGGCUGGUGACUGGCACUGGGCUCUGCGGGUGACACCUGGCUUAGGGCUCCUGGCUGUGCUGCUGCUGGUGUUUGUGGUGCGUGAGCCGCCUCGGGGCGCCGUGGAGACGCACUCCGACGUUCCCCUGCAGUAUACUUCGUGGAUAACUGACCUCAGGUCCUUGUCCGCCAGCCGCAGCUUUGUGUUGUCGUCUCUGGGCUUCACGGCCGUGGCCUUCGUCACGGGUUCCCUUGCACUGUGGGCCCCUGCAUUCCUGUACCGCUCUCGCCUGGCCAGCGGAAGCCUACAGCCGUGCCCUUCAGCGGAGGCUUGCAACACCUCGGACAGCCUCAUCUUUGGCAUCAUCACUUGCGUGACUGGCGUGCUGGGCGUCGGUAGCGGGGUGGAGAUUUCCCGGCGCCUGCAGCGCAGCAACCCCCGUGCCGACCCCCUGGUUUGUGCAGCUGGUCUGAUCGGCUCAGCCCCCUUCCUCUUCCUGGCUGUGGUGAGCGCGCAGGGGAGCAUCGUCGCCACUUACGUUUUCAUCUUCAUUGGCGAGACCCUCCUUUCCCUCAAUUGGGCCAUCGUUGCCGACAUGCUUCUGUAUGUCGUCAUCCCCACCCGUCGAUCCACGGCCGAAGCUUUCCAGAUCCUGCUUUCCCAUCUCCUGGGUGAUGCUGGGAGCCCUGCGCUUAUUGGCCUGAUCAGCGACCGAAUCCAGCGCAGUCGCCCCCCGUCAUACAUGUCGCAGUUCCGGAGCCUUGAGUACGCUCUGAUGGCCUGCGCUUUCGUGGGAGUGAUUGGCGGCGGUUUCUUCUUGGCCACGGCCUGCUUCAUCCAGGCGGACCGUAAACGCACUGAGCUGUACACACAAGGUCAGCUGAACGAGCCGUCGGAAGGCGAAGAUCGCAUCGUGGUUCCUCAGCGUGGCCGAUCGACAAAAGUCCCUGUUUCCAGUGUCCUCAUAUGAAGGCAGCCCCCUACCCCUCUCAUCCGGUUUCGGGAAGGAGUGUGGACUCGUGCCCUCUGUGCUUGGCUGAUCCAGGGAGCUGGGGAGGGGGGCUCUCUGAAUGGACCAAGGCGGGGGUGUGUGUGUUGUGGACAGCUGCUUUUUGGUGUAUGAGGGAUUUUUAUAAAGCACAAACUUUAUCCAGAGUCACGUGUCUGUAUUUUUC